AGCUUAUGGUUUCAAAUGUGCGUUUCUUCAAUUUUCCUUUUCAGGUAUAAAGAUGCUUUGGGAGGCUUGUGGGUUGUCCUGAUACUGUUUGCUUGCUACACAUUGACUGAAAUCCUUCGAGCUCUGAGUAGCACCUGGCUAAGUGUCUGGACAAAAGCAAGCUCCUCAAAGAGCAAUGGAUCUGGAUUCUAUAUUUUGGUCUAUGCUUUUCUGUCAUUCAGUCAGGUGAUAGUAACACUGGCCAAUUCCUUCUGGUUGAUUAUCUCAAGCCUAAAUGCAGCUAAAAGGCUUCAUGAUUCCAUGCUACAUUCUAUACUUCGAGCACCAAUGGUAUUCUUCCACACUAAUCCAUCUGGACGCAUAAUCAACAGAUUUGCAAAGGAUCUUGGUGAUAUUGAUCGCAAUGUUGCAAAUAUUGCUAAUACAUGUCUCAGCCAACUGUGGCAGCUUCUCUCAACCUUUGUUCUCAUUGGAGUCGUCAGCACAAUAUCUCUGUGGGCCAUAAUGCCACUUCUAGUCCUAUUUUAUACAGCCUAUUUGUAUUAUCAGAAUACAUCCCGUGAAGUGAAACGUCUAGAUUCCAUUACCAGGUCCCCUGUGUAUGCACAGUUUGGAGAAGCUAUAAAUGGUUUAUCAACCAUCCGUGCAUAUAAAGCACAUGACCAGUUAGCUGCCACUAAUGGGAAGUCUAUGGACAACAAUGUCAGAUUCACUCUUGCCAACACAAGUACAAACCGCUGGCUGACCAUAAGGCUUGAAACACUAGGAGGCAUAAUGAUCUGGUUGACUGCAACAUUUGCCGUUAUACAGAAUGGGAGAGCAGACGACAAGGUUGCGGUUGCUGGUGCUAUGGGUCUGCUCCUAAGUUAUUCUUUAAAUAUUACUACUUUACUCAGCAAUACUCUGAGACAAGCAAGUAGAGCUGAAAAUAGUUUUAAUGCUGUUGAGCGUGUUGGCACAUAUAUAGAUUUGCCAUCAGAGGCUCAAAAUGUCAUUAGCAGCCGGCCUCCUCCAGGCUGGCCAUCAUCAGGGUUCAUCAAAUUUGAAGAUGUUGUCCUACGUUACAGACCUGGACUUCCUCCAGUCUUGCAUGGUUUGUCAUUUACAAUUUCCUCAGGUCAGAAAGUUGGCAUUGUUGGAAGAACUGGUGCUGGAAAAUCGAGCAUGCUUAAUGCCUUAUUUCGAAUUGUGGAACUUGAAAGAGGGAGAAUAUUGAUCGAUGGUUGUGAUGUUGCUACUAUCGGACUGACAGAUCUUCGAAGUGCUCUUAGUAUCAUACCCCAAUCACCAGUUCUUUUCUCUGGUACUGUACGGUUUAACCUUGAUCCUUUUAGCGAACACAAUGAUGCUGACCUAUGGGAGGCAUUAGAGCGGGCACACUUGAAGGAUGUCAUAAGGAGGAAUGCUUUUGGUCUGGAUGCUGAGGUUUCAGAAGGUGGCGAAAAUUUCAGUGUUGGACAGAGACAACUUUUAAGUCUUUCUCGAGCAAUACUGCGAAGGUCAAAGAUCCUUGUUCUUGAUGAAGCCACAGCAGCUGUUGAUGUUAGAACUGAUGCUCUUAUUCAGAAAACCAUACGAGAAGAAUUCAAAGCAUGCACAAUGCUCAUUAUUGCUCACCGUCUAAAUACCAUAAUUGAUACUAAUCGUAUCCUAGUGCUUGAUGCUGGACAGGUUGUUGAGUAUGAUACUCCACAGAACCUCCUGCUUAGUGAAAGAAGUGUUUUCUCUAGGAUCGUUCAGAGCACAGGGGCCGCAAAUGCCCAGUAUUUACGUAACUUAGUACUUAAUGAGGAGAAAGAGCACAAGUUCAUGAAAGAAGAAGUCAUGCGUAUAAAUAGGAAGAGAAGAUGGAAGGUAUCUUCCCAGUGGAAUGCUGCUGCACAGUAUGCUCUUGCUACAAAUAUUUCAGCUUCACUGAACGAUUUUCAAGUGACGGAAUGUCAAGAUCAAAACAACAUUCUGCGUGCAGCAAAGGACGCGGUUGUAACUCUGAAGGAUGUUUUGGAGGGCAACCAUGAUGAAGUUAUUGAAGAGAAACUAAGUUGCUCUAAGGUGCCUAGAGAAAGAUGGUGGUCAUCUUUCCUUAGUGUUAUUGAAGGUCUCGCCGUGAUGAACAGGUUAAGACAUGACAGAGUUCCUCAUUUUGGAGAUUGUUUGGAAGAGGGAUCAGAACAUCAGAAUCUUGAUGAAAUCUAGCUAGAUAUCUUCAGGUUUGUCCUGCUAUAGGUUAGCUGGCAAUAUUGGGUUUGAGCUACAUAAUGAUAGCAAAUAACAAAUUUGUUGUUCGAGACUACAAUAUCUUAUUCUUUUAGCAUAUUUGUAUGAAUUUCUUAAGAUAAAUUUUAUUUUCUAAUUUUUUUUUUU